GGUGUGCUUGUAGCCACUGAAGGGGGGCCUCGUGAAGAGAAUCUCUUGCCAACAACUCUUUCUGUCUGGAAAUUUCUGACAUGGGGCUUUAAUAAUCUUUUGUGGGCAAGGUCAAGAACGUCCUUGAGUGCUCUCAGCUUUAGUCCCUACCAGGCCAGCCUCUUUGUAACGAAUCUUUUCACAUCUGGUCCAGUUUCAUCUUCGGAGAGCUCACUGUCAUCUGAUCUUGUGUACUCAAUGCUCAGGAAUAAUCAGUCCUUGUGCUGGAAUACGACCAGGAAAAGUAGAUUGCUUUCUUCAACACACAUUGAAAAUUGGAAGCCAAAGUCAUUAGUAUGUAUUUGCUCUCGCAGACUGGUAUGGCAAGCCCGUUGAAAUUUGGAGAAAAACAUUUCUUCCUGGAGACCCAUCACGGUAUCUUCCAGUGGCCAGAAUUUUUUCCAAAUUUGUUGUUGCAUCUACAUUUGAAGACGAAGUUGUCGUAGUUCUUUUAAAUCGCACCUUUUCUCAGAGCUUUUUUUAUUUAUCAAUCCUUUGAUUUUUGAUUAAUGAACCGGUGUCGAUAAACAUAGAAUUAUACAUGUACAUACAUAACAUAAUGUAGAUUUAUAUCUACAUGCAAUGCAUUAUAUAAAUAUAGGAAAUUUUCGCCAAACGCCCUUAUCCUUUAUACCAUCACUUGAUCCAUUCUACCAUUUAUGUUGGUGGAAGAGGUGUGGGGGGGGGGGCAAAAUGAAGAUAGCCUUUUAUUGCUUCAACAAGUUGACAGUGGGCCUCUAACUCUAAAAGAAGUUUGACUCUUUAAUGUAAGCCCGAUAUUUUUCACCCAUAAGAGAUGAAGAGGCAUCCCGGGGCACUCAUCUAUUCACAACUGUAAACAGCAGUGGUUUCAGCUGA